UAAAAUCUGGAUAAAAGACAAAGAAAUUCCUAUUAAUAGUUUAAUACUUCGAGAUUCAAAAAUAGUAAGAGAUUAUCAAAUAAGGUCGAAAGCCAUCCCCUAUUUAGUAAUUGAUGAAUCAUUAUUAGAAUGA